UUCACAUUCUAGCUAUCUCUCAGACACAUAAAUUCAACAGAGAUGUCAUCGCACACCAAUCAACCGGCCGACAUCCCGGCACAACUAUCGGAUCUACACUGUUUCACAGAGACCGAAGCGUCAUCACAACCACCAUGUUCGACGUGCCUGGUUACCGGGUAGUUAAAGUUCUCGGCGCCGUCUACGGCUUAACCGUGCGAUCCCGCAACUGGGCUGCUAGCAUGGGAAUGGUGCUUAAGAGCAUUGCAGGUGGAGAGCUUCAAUGGUUCACUAGUAUGGUAUGUACAGCUCUCUGGGUUCUGGGUAUGUCUCUAAUAAUGAGACAGCUCUAUUCGGCACGGAACGAUGCCAUCAGUCGCGUGGUGGCUGAGACAAAAGCGCGGGGCGGAAAUGCCAUCAUAACCCUGCGCUUCGAAUCCGGAGACAUGGGCGGUUUUGCUCAAUGCUCUGCCUACGGCACCGCUGCUAUCGUCGAGAAGAUUGAUCCUACUAUCCAGGCCGCCCCACAACUUUCUAGUUGAUGUAAAUGUCAUUUCACAGACAUUCAUUGACUCAUGAGUAGUCUUGCUCAUUAUCAAGUGUCUAACAAGAUCUGUGGCAAAUAGUACAUAUGGAUAUGGGAUAGCUUCUUAAACAAACGUGGCAUAUUGCAUAGAUCCCUACCCGUAUAACGCAGCUUUAAUACGUUUGCUGGGUGUUCAUGUUCAAUUUCCCAAGCGGAAACUUCUAGGUUCCCACUGUCAAAUUUAUGGAAACACGAGCAAAUAUCAUACUAUUCAUGAAUAAUUACCUACGGCAUGUCACAUUCUAGGUUUGCUAUGGAUAUAUUAUUUAAAUACCAUGGAUAUCCCUUACACUGACACAAGACUGCAAUUCCACUAAAAUCG